CUGAGCCGCACCGCGACGAGUUCUAAUUUUAGAGCCGGGACGGCGCACCGGGGAACUCAGACGGAGCCGAAGAUGCCGUUCGGGUUGUUGUUUACAUUGGUACUCGGGAGAGGGUGAGAGAACGGGACUGAGAGAGUGAGUGCGUUGGUUCGGGUUCGGUUUGCUUUCGUGGGGUUUGCUUUGCGACGCGGUUCGUGGCCGGUGCGUGCCCGAUCCUUGUCGUUUCCGCUUUGCUCGGUUUUGGUUCGGGACGGUGAGUUCCGUUCGUGUGCGGCUAGAACAUAUAAGGGAGUGCUGUUAAUUGUUCGGGGUUUAGUCAUAAUACAACCCUCGUACGCGUCACAAUUGUUCGUUGCCAGCCGGUCUGUGUUGUGCAUCGUUGCAGCAGCUUUGGAACGCUGGAUAAAACGCGCGCGCUCUGAUGUUACGGGUGUAAUUUGGGUUGAGAGGCGGUUUAUCGUUUGGUGAAAAUAGCUUGGCAAAGGACGACAAACUUGAGAAGAAAUCUCAAGAGUGUGAGUGUUUUUUUAAGUGGACUAGAAUUUUUAUGUUUUCAUUAUUGCGGAGACAAUUUUCGUAAUAGGGACACGGCCGAGUUGGGAGUCACGAGAAGAAAAAUGUGUCGAUGAAGUGUUUGUUUACAAAACAAGAUCCGGCGGAGAGGUUUUCGGCCGUUGUGGUCCAUAUGUGAGCGAAGCAGCGGGAAUAGAAGCGAAUUCUUGUGUUAAGUGCCUUUCUCUAAUUUAUGACAAACAUUUGGAAUAGUUGGAAGAUAAUUGACGUUGAAGAGUCCCACCGAGGAUAGGAAGAGAAGAAUCAAUGUUUGUGAAGAGAAGCUGAAAAGACCUGGAUAUAAAUCAUGAAGUCGCAAGUGGUCGUAAUGAUUGCGGCGCUGCUGGCGCUGAUGGUACCGGUGAUUAAAGCCAUCUCGUACUGCCCCAGCAGUUGUACGUGCGAUGAUGAGAAGCUGCAUGUGACCUGUGGCGAAGGUUCUCUGGACGUGCUGCCGAUUGCAUUGAACCCGUCGAUUCGCCGCCUGGUCAUUAAGUUUCACAAGAUCCGAUCGAUUGACUCGUCUAUUCAUUUUUAUAACGACUUGACGAUGCUUGAUCUAAGCUAUAAUCAAGUGUUGAACAUUCCGGAAUCCAUCUUUAUGUACCAGCAAAAAUUGCUCCAGCUGCACUUGAACAACAAUAAAAUCGGAGCACUGAGCAAUAAGACGUUUGUCGGCAUGACGGAGCUACGUGUACUGAACUUACGUGGGAAUUUUAUUGAUCAGAUAACAAGCGAAGUAUUCAAGGUGCUUCCAAAGCUGGAGGAGCUUAAUCUGGGAGGAAAUCGCAUCAGUCAGUUGGAUCCAAAAGCUUUCGAGGGUUUGAGUGAGCUGCGAGUUCUCUAUCUAGACGACAAUGCUAUCAAAACCAUUCCUACGCUUUCACUGACGCCUCUGAAGACAUUGGCAGAGCUGUACAUGGGAACAAACUCUCUGUACAAGAUUCAACCGGGUGCAUUUGAAGGACUUCAAUCACUGAGACGGUUGGAUAUCCAUGGAUCAAUGUUGGUCAACAUCACGGUCGAUACAUUCCGAGGGCUAGAGAACAUUCGAUCAAUUGAUCUCUCGGAUAAUCAUCUACUGAAGGUUCCAACGGUUCAACUGAGUAUUCUCAAACGUUUGGAAGACUUGGUCAUUGGUCAAAAUGACUUCGAAGUUAUUCCAGAGGGAGCCUUUUUCGGCCUUAAUAACUUGAAAACUAUAGACGUCUCAGGGGCAUUGAAUCUGAAGCGAAUUCAAGCUGGAGCAUUUUCGGCAAACCCAAAUUUGGAAUCGAUCACUAUCGCAUCUAAUAAGGAGCUUCAAGAGUUGAAUGAAGGUGCUUUCUCCGGAUUACCACAUAUCAAAAAGGUCAUCUUACGAGAUAACAAAAUCACGACGUUCCGUGAAGAGCUGCUACCUUGGAAGCAUCUCACUGAAUUUGACGUCUCGGAAAAUCCAUUGAGCUGUGACUGUCAAAUGCUUUGGCUACGUAACCUGCUUCACCGAAAGAACAUCGAAAACGAGGAAGCUCAAAUCGUGUGUAUCUAUCCAGAUCGUCUACACGGCGAGCCUUUGAGGGACAUCUCUGCCGAAGUGCUGGGCUGUAAACAUCUUCAAUCGAAAGAACGAGCAAUCGUUGGAGCUAUCAUCGUUGCUUCUGCUGCCACCAUCACAACAUUCGUUCUGAUCGUUUACCGAUUGCGACAUCGAAUCCUGGAAACCUUCCGACGUCACUGGCGAAACAACAAACGUGACACACUGCAGGAGGAAAAAGACAUGGAGAUUCAGAAGACGCUCGGGGAAGGAGACUACCAUCAACCGCACUGCAACAUCUACACCUACAAUUAUCACCCGGUGUUCAGGAACCAUCAGCAUCCUUCCUCGCUGUACGCCGGAGGUCAGUACUCGCUGCCUUUCCCGCAUUACCAGUCGCAAGGCGGCACUCCACAGCCGCUGUCUCACCAGUUGCACCAGCAGCAGAUGCAGCCUUUGCCGCAGACACCGGCUUCCAGUUCGUCGACGACAUCCACGCUGGUCCUGUCAAGUCAACCGGGGCAGAGUUCGACCAUCUACUCACCCCAAUACGCCCAUCACAUAUACGAAGUUCCGAAGAACGUCGUGGACACUUAGGCAAACGCAGGUAGACCUCCCUUUUUCCCACUGUUGGAAGCAAACAUUAAGUUCGUUUAUUUCGAACGCACACGUGCUCAGAUCCUUGAUUGUUACUAGUGGUGUAGGUUAAGCGCAAGCAGAUGUAAAAUUUGAUUAUAUAUUAAUAUAUUUGUAUGAUAGGAGAAGAAUGCGUGCGAGUACCAGACAUUUGUGGAGCAAAACGAGUCAUAUCGAGAUUUUUCAUAGUAUUGCAUUAUCUUAAUAUUUAAAGUCAAAACACAAACACUCUCACACACACGGCAAGUUGUAUAAAUUAAUUCUAGUCAAUUUGAGAAGCGAUCUAACAGAGAAUAUCAAAGACUGUCCUUCCCGCUUGAUCCGCAAGGGCAAACUUGCGUCAAGCAGGAGGAACAAACUCGCCCAGUUGCACGUUGUGUUUUUUGAUGGUCUGAUAUAGUAAGGAACGCAGGAUAUUAGCGAUAUGCAGCGAUUAAGCGAGGCAAACCGGCAGGAGAUUUUAAGACAAUUGUUUUUACAAGUAGAAACGAAAACAUCAAGUUGUGUACGAGUCAGUCAGAGCGAAGCAAAGCGAAACAGAGUUCGUUUUAGAGUUUCUUUUCGUUUCUUGUUGUGUAAAUAGUAACUUUUAAGUGUACAUAACUUAUAACGUCACGAAACACACAUACACACUUCAACUCUCUCACACACGAACAAAGCUAGUUAUGUAUUUUUAUUAAACAUUUUAUAAGAAAACCAACAAAACACUGAUAGACAAAAAAAAACAAGAGAGAAUACAAAACAGAAGAUCGGUGGUAUAGAAUAACACAAAAAUUCAACGAAAUAAAACCAUUGAGAUACGGGAAAAAUGUUACGAACAAAAAUACAAACACAAUGAAUGUCAUUUUUAAUUAUCGCAUCCCCUUUUCCGGUGCGCGCAUUACUGCGUGCCAUCUCUGCCCUUCCUCCGAGGAUUUCCCGCUGGUCCGGAUGGCUGGCUGUCUGAAACCGGUUGCACCGCGGGAGGCAAAUUGGUUCACCUUCGUCGUUGUUGUCCCCGAGUCGAAUUAUCUUCCUGUCCCUCUGCGCUUCGACUGUGACGGAGAUUGUCGUUUGUCCUAUGGUUGUUUAACUAUUCCCGCCCGGGUUUUGCUGCGAGCACUGUUUUCGGUGUC